AUGAUUUCUGUCUUUUGUCUUCAGAGUCAGGAUUUAUCAUUUCAUUUUUACAAUUUGGUGAACUUAAUAAUCUCUCUCCCCCUUUUCUAUCCCUCCUCCGUCUCUCUCUCUCUCUCUCUUUCUCUUUUUCCUCCCCCAUCUCUCUCUUUCUCUUUCUCCUCUCUCUCUCUUUCUCUCUUUUUCACUCACUCCUGGUUUAUAGAGUUCAAUGCACUAUCAUUAGAAUCUAUAAUGCUACUGCAUUUGUAUCCCGUCCAUAAACUCUCUCUUUCUCUCUCUCUCUUUCUCUCUUUCUCUUUCUCUCUUUCUCUUUCUCUCUCUCUUUCUCUCUCUUCCUCUCUUUCUCUUUCUCUCUCUCUUUCUCUCUCUCUUUCUCUCUCUCUCUCUUUAAUUUUCUCUCUAUUUUUUCCCACUCCCUCAUUGACACUUUAUAGGCCUAUCUAUAUCUUCAAAAAAAAAACGCUCUCUCUUUCCACCUCUCUCUCUUUCCACCUCUCUCUCUUUCCAAUUCUCCCUCUUUCCACCUCUCUCUCUCUUUCCACCUCUCACUCGUUCCACCUCUCUCUCUUUCCACCUCUCUCUCUCUCUUUCCACCUCUCACUCGUUCCACCUCUCUCUCUUUCCAUCUCUCUCUCUUUCCAUCUCUUUCUCUUUCCAUCUCUUACUCGUUCCACCUCUCUCUCUUUCCACCCUCUCUCUCUCUCUCUCUCUCUCUCUCUCUCUCUCUCUCUCUUGCGAUCUUCUCGGGAUUGCGUGCGUGCUUAUUUAUAUUUCAGCUUUCCUUAA